AUGUCUGGGACCACUAAAUCUAGUGAUUCAAGUCCCAAUGAGGCGUAUUCAAGAGUGAUGGGGUUUGUUUCGGGCAUGUUUUCCGGUAUUGCCAAAAAUGCAGUAGGGCAUCCAUUCGACACGAUCAAAGUUCGGCUUCAAACGUCGCAAGAAAGUGGAAGGUUUAAAGGUCCAUUGGACUGUGUUUACCAGACUUUCCGUCAACAAGGAAUCCGUGGGUUUUAUUUGGGAUUUACUCCUCCAUUGGUUGGUUGGGUGAUGAUGGAUUCGGUGAUGCUGGGAUGUUUGCACAAUUACAGGAUGCUUCUUCAAAAAUAUGUGUAUCGAGACGAUCCCAAAUUACCCCUGUCUGGGUGCAUUCUUAGUGGUGUCAUGGCAGGUUGGUCUGUCAGUUUUAUCGCUGCUCCUGUAGAACUGGCAAAAGCCAAACUUCAAGUACAAUACGAUGCCAAGACUACGAAGUACACGGGUCCAAUCGAUGUAAUCAAGAAAGUUUACGGUUUACAAGGAAUUCGAGGCAUCUACAAAGGGUUGAUUAGUACAUUGAUUUUCAGAACCCAUUUUGUUUAUUGGUGGGGGUCCUACGAGCUUUUGACUCGAUGGUUCAAGAAAAACACCCAUUUGAGCGACACUGCAAUCAAUUUUUGGUCUGGUGGGUUCAGUGCGUCAUUUGGAUUCUGGACUACUGCGUAUCCGAGCGACGUGAUCAAACAAGUCAUCCUAUGCAACGACAAAUAUGACGGAAGUUUCAAAUCUUGGCGCAUGGCGGCCUAUGACAUUUACCGAUCCAAAGGCGUCAAAGGGUUUUUCAAAGGCUUUGUUCCUAGUUUCUUGAGAAGUUUCCCGGCCAACGCCGCCGCGCUGGCCGCGUUCGAAUUCGUGCUCAGAACGAGCGGUGCUAAACCUUAA